AUGUGGACAGUGCCCAGCAUGCUGGAGCAGCUGCUUCCCGAGCUCACCGGGCUGCUCAGCCUUCUGGACCACGAGUACCUCAGUGACACCACCCUGCAGAAGAAGAUGGCCGUGGCCUCCAUCCUGCAGAACCUGCAGCCUCUCCCAGCAAAAGAAGUCUCCUACUUGUACGUGAACACAGCAGAUCUCCACUCCGGGCCCAGUUUUGUGGAGUCCCUCUUUGAAGAAUUUGACUGUGACCUGAGUGACCUUCGCGACAUGCCAGAGGACGAGGGGGAGCCCAGCAAAGGAGCCAGCCCUGAGCCAUCCAAGAGCCCCACUUGCCUGAGAAAUGCAGCCGACCUGCCUCCACCGCUCCCCAACAGGCCCCCUCCAGAGGACUACUAUGAGGAGGCCCUCCCCCUGGGGCCGGGCAAGCACCCCGAAUACAUCAGCUCCCACAAUGGCUGCAGCCCAGCCCACUCCAUCAUGGAUGGCUACUACGAGGACGCUGACAGCAGUUACCCUGCCACCAGGAUGAACGGGGAGCUAAAAAAUUCCUACAAUGACUCUGAUGCAAUGAGCAGCUCCUAUGAGUCCUACGACGAGGAGGAAGAGGAAGGGAAGGGACCGCAGCCCACGCACCAGUGGCCCUCCGAAGAGGCCUCCAUGCGCCUGGUGAGGGACUGCAGGAUAUGUGCCUUCUUGCUGCGGAAGAAGCGCUUCGGGCAGUGGGCCAAGCAGCUAACUGUCAUCAAAGAGGACCAGCUCCUGUGUUACAAAAGCUCUAAGGACCGGCGGCCACACCUGAGGCUGGCCCUGGACACCUGCAAUGUCAUCUACAUCCCCAAGGACAGUCGGCACAAAAGGCACGAGCUGCGCUUCUCCCAGGGGGCUGCCGAGGUCUUGGUGCUGGCUCUGCAGAGUCGGGAGCAGGCCGAAGAGUGGCUGAAGGUCAUCCGAGAGGUGAACAAGCCCGUCGGAGCAGAGGGAGUGGACACACCCAGAUCUCCAGUCCUCCUGUGCAAGCUGGACAUGGAAAAGAGACUGUCCCAAGAGAAGCAGACCUCAGACUCUGACAGCCUGGGCAUGGCUGACAACUGCUCAAGUCUUGGCCGCAGAGAGGCCAGCGAACAUGGCAAGGGGAAGAAGAGCAGCCUGGCAGAGCUGAAGGGCUCCAUGAGCAGGGCCGCAGGCCGCAAGAUCACCCGCAUUAUCAGCUUCUCCAAGAAGAAGGCGCUGGCGGAUGACCUGCAGACGUCCUCCACAGAGGAGGAGGUUCCAUGCUGUGGCUAUCUGAACGUGCUGGUGAGCCAGGGCUGGAAGGAGCGCUGGUGCCGCCUGAAGAGCAACACGCUGUAUUUCCACAAGGACCGCGCAGACCUGCGCACCCACGUGAACGCCAUCACCCUCCGCGGCUGUGAGGUGGCCCCGGGCUUUGGCCCCAGGCACCCAUUUGCCUUCAGGAUUCUGCGCAACAAGCAGGAGGUUGCCAUCUUGGAGGCGAGCUGCUCCGAGGACAUGGGCCGCUGGCUUGGGCUGCUGCUGGUGGAGAUGGGCUCCAGGGUCACCCCUGAGGCGCUGCACUAUGACUACGUGGAUGUGGACACCUUGACCAGUAUCGUCAGCGCCGGACGCAACUCCUUCCUAUAUGCAAGAUCCUGCCAGGAUCAGUGGCCUGAGCCCCGGGUCUACGAUGACGUCCCUUAUGAGAAGGUGCAGGACGAGGAGCCCGAGCGGCCCACAGGGGCCCAGGUCAAGCGCCAUGCCUCCUCCUGCAGUGAGAAGUCCCAUCGAGUGGACCCACAGGUUAAAGUCAAACGACACGCCUCUAGUGCCAACCAAUACAAGUAUGGUAAGAACCGAGCUGAGGAGGAUGCCCGGAGAUACUUGGUAGAAAAGGAGAAGCUGGAGAAAGAGAAGGAGACUGCACGGACUGAGCUGAUGGCGCUGCGGCAGGAGAAGAAGGAGCUGAGGGAAACUCUCCGGAGCAACCCAGGAGAAAAAUUAAAGGCUCUGGAGGAGGCCAUGGCCACCCUGGAAGCUCAGUGUCGAGAAAAGGAGGAGCGCCGGAUCGACCUGGAACUGCGGCUGGUGGCUGUGAAGGAGCGCUUGCAGCGGUCCUUGGCAGGGGGUCCGGCACUGGGGCUCUCAGUGAGCAGCAAGAACAAGGGUGAGGAAACUGCAAAUAAACCCCAGAACCACACCUCAGAGCAACCUCUCCCUGUCAACUGUGUUUCUGAGCUGCGGAAGAGGAGUCCAUCCAUCGUAACCUCCAACCACGGAAGGGUGCUUCAGAAAGCCAAGGAAUGGGAAAUGAAGAAGACCUAAACAGAAGAGAAUUUCAUCCAAAGGAAAUAUCAACUUGUCCAUCCAAAACAGAAAAGGUUUUUCACAGGGUGACACCAACGGACUGAAAGUAGCCCCCCUCUCCUGGGCAUCCAAAAGACCAGCCUUUAUUAUCUGCAUGAUUACAGGGGAUAUGGGGAGGGAAGGAGUGGAAUGAAAGAGGGAAAUGGAGGGCAUCCCUAUAACUACAGAGGAUGGAAAACGGGGGUGAAGGAAGUCAAAAUUUGCACAGUUGUAAAGGUUUUGUUAGAUGUCUUAGACAUCCCUUCCGAAGAAGUGAAAACACAUGUCAGUAAGCCAUUCCAUCCCAUUCACAGCAUCUAUUCCCAGUUCUUAGGGCAAAGGAAGGUGGUGCUAAGGCAUCAACAGUGCAAUGUUAAGAGGCAAGACUUGAACAUACGAUCACACUUGUGCCAGAUGGACUCACGUUGGGUAUUACUGACAGCUUCUGGGCAAGACAAAUAGGCUGAAAAAUCAAUAGAAUUAUCCCUGCCUGCAUAAAGGUGAACCAAAGAAAUCCAGG